AUGAAGGAUCAAGUUCUUCAUACCUUCAAAGAUUUGCAUGUGAAACUAGAAAGGGAGACCGGUAGAAAAUUGAAGUGUGUGAGGGCUGAUAAUGAUGGAAAAUACCGAGGGCCAUUUGAGGAUUACUGUAGAGUUCAUGGCAUAAGACUUGAGAAAACAGUGCCUAAGACACUACAACAUAAUGGUAUUGCCAAGAAGAUGAAUCGAACAAUAUGUGAGAGGAUAAGGAAGUACGAAGAACCUCAAAGUGUGGAGGAAGACUUAGUUGAAUUGGAGGCCUUAGACUCAUCAAAAAAUUCUAUUGGUGGGGGCGCACAAAAAGAGGUCAAGAAUGAUUUGGCUAAGCAAGCACAAAUCAAGACAGUAACCAAUGAUAAGGCUACUGAAGAAGUUGACGCCGAGACUGAUAUAAAGAUGGUGGCGAUGAUGGAGCGGAAGCUCAAGAAGAAGGAAAAGCCGAAGUUGAUGAUGAGGUUGGGGAGGAAACAAUUGAUGUUGAUGAUAUUCCUCAAGAGCAGCCAUGGAGAUCAAUGA